AUGACUUUGAUAAGGAGGUACCAUAUCGUAAAGAAGUUUUUUUCAUCUCAAACUGAAAUUCCUCCAAACUUACCCGAAAAGUGCACCAAAAGAAUACUGUCAGGAAUACAACCAACUGGCGCAUUACAUUUGGGUAAUUAUGUGGGCGCAGUAGCACAGUGGCUAAAACUUCAAGAUAAAUAUGAAAUUAUUUUGAGUAUUGCAGACCUGCAUUCAAUGACAUUACCAUAUGAGCCAAAACAAUUAUCUAAGAACAUACUUGAACUCACCGCUACUUUGUUAGGCUGUGGGAUAAAUCCCAAUAGAGUUAUAUUAUUCCAACAGUCUUCUGUACCAGCACAUACCGAAUUGUACUGGUCUUUAGGGUGCAUUUCAACAAUGGCUCGUUUAGCCCAUUUACCCCAGUUCAAGGAAAAGUCAGUUAACUUAAAAGAGAUUCCUUUAGGAUUGUUGGUUUAUCCAGUACUACAAGCAGCUGAUAUUUUAUGUUAUAAAGCAACUGACAUACCAGUAGGAGAGGACCAACUACAGCAUAUACAAUUAACUCAGGAUUUAGCAAGGAUAUUCAACAACAGAUUUGGUGCCACUUUUCCAAUACCACAUUCAUUAAUUUUAGAAAAUAAAUUCAUCAAGUUAAGAAGUUUACGGGAUCCUAGCAAAAAAAUGUCUAAAUCUGAUCCAGACCCCAAGAGCAGGAUCUGUCUAUUGGACACACCUGAUCAUGUUUUAAAGAAAAUUAAAAGAGCACUUACUGAUUUUACAUCUGAAGUUACAUAUGACCCCAAAGAUAGAUUGGGAGUGUCAAAUUUGAUUGACAUACACUCUUUUGUUAGUAAGAAGUCGGUGGAAGACAUUUGUAGGGAAGCAGAAAAUAUUAAUACAGGUCAAUACAAAAAUGUUGUUGCUCGAGCUGUGGUUGAAUUUUUGGAUCCAAUUCAGAAAUCCACAGCCAAAUAUCUGCAGAAUGAAGACUACUUAUUAAGUGUACUCGAAAGUGGAAGAAAGAAAGCUUCAGAACUAGCUGAACAAACACUUGAUGAAGUCAGAAUGAAAUCGGGUUUAAAAUUAAGUGUGCAGAAAGUUAAUAAAAUUAAAGCAAGUUUAUAG